ACUGUCAGUCAGUCAGUCUAUCGUUGCACAGAUCAAAGGAUGGUGAUUUUUCGUUCGUUUCACAACCGAAGUCUUAGAUUAAUAUUUCAAACGCGUAAUCCAAAACCCAUAAUGAGACACAAGUAGAAAAAAACGUGAUUUAAAAUCUGUGAUAAAUCCUUUCAACUGGUAUUCACUUUCCUCGCUUUCACUCCGUAAUUCCUAAUUUGAAAUCGCUACUUGUCUUGAAGAAGUUCGAUAUCUAUUUAGCGACUCGAAUUUUGUAGAAAACCACGUGUGUUUUACGAUCGAAAAGUACCAUCAUUAGGUUGCACUAGUCCACAUCACAUUUUAUUGUAUACUGUGACAAAAUAUUGCUAACAUUAACGUGGAUAAGAUGAGUUUUACGGAGAAGAUUUCGAAGGAUUCGCCUAAAAUGGAACAGUGCGAAGUAGACGCGAGGAUGAAGAAGGAGCCUUUUUGGAUAUUCGGGUAUGGCUCGCUGUGCUGGAACCCCGGGUUCGAAUACAAGCAGUCAGUUACAGGCUACGUGAAAGGCUUCUCUCGACGGUUUUGGCAAGGCAACACCACGCACCGCGGCACGGAAAACAAGCCGGGACGGGUCGCAACUCUCAUAGAAGACAAAGAAGGCAUCACGUGGGGCAAAGCAUUUUUAGUGGGAGCCGGAGACACCGCCGCUUUACCUUACCUGUCGACGAGGGAGUGCCAGCUGGGAGGAUACAGAACGUAUGUCGUCAAUUUCCAUCCUCGACCUUCUUUAUUCCUACCUUCGUCCAGUAAUAGCCCUAGUGAAAAAAAAGACGCCUUGCUAUAUAUAGCUGUCCCUGAAAACCGCCACUGGCUGGGCGCCGCCCCCUUACCGGAUAUAGCUAAACAGAUUCUCGAGUGCCAAGGAUCUUCAGGGUCCAAUGUCGAAUAUCUUCUUCGAUUGGCUGAUUUCAUGCGAGAAGAAAUUCCUGAAGCACUGGAUGAACAUCUUUUUUCUCUGGAACGACUGGUUAAAAAGUUUGCGUGUGAUAUGAAAGUAUGCUUGAGAACUUUAAUGGGCGAAGCUGUAGAACAGCAGGAAGAAAUUAAACCUGAGGCUAAGGCGGUUGUAUCCAACUACCAAUUUGCAUCCAGAGUACCAGAGAAGAAGCUUCGCUGUGUCAAUAUGUGAUUUAUAUUUGGUUGGAGGUUCCAUAAAAACCCCUAUGCGAUACUUGUUAGUUUAUUCUUCAAGAGAUACUUUAAAAUCAGUUAUUUCUUAUUAAUUGAUUUGUGACAACAUUGUGAUAUUUUUUAUGGCCGAGCUAAGCUCUUUGUUCAGUUUAAACAAAUCGUUGAUUUUUAAAGUAAGCUGACAUUUUCAGUUCACAUUGCAAGCAUUGUUCCAUGUACAAUGACAAGACUGGUAAUUUCAAAAUAACUGUUACAUGUUUUGAUUUAUAUAUGGACAUUGUUUCAUAACAAUUGCGAAGGUACGCGGAUGCUUUGAUAACAAAUUGAUUUAAGUACUUUAUAAUAAUAUGCACCAAUGUGUUUAAUAUUAAGUUUAUUAUCUGAGCAAAUGUUAUAAAGUUCAAUUGACGACGACGUGGCAUUCACAAAAGUAUAAAUUUCGUGAUUGAUAAUUGUUUAAGUUAUUAUUUAGAUAUGAACUCCAAGCUAACAAAGACCAAAUAAUAAUGGCGUCGACAAAUAUUAUACUUCGAAUCUAGAUUAAUUUAAGUGUAAACGUUAUUUUUGUGAUUAAUGAAAUAGUUAUGUAUAUUGUGUUUUGAAUCAAAUAAUGUUAUGACAAUUAUCAAUGUUUUAUGAUGACGUUAUAAUUUAUUAUUAUUAAUCAGUGUUUAUUAUUGUGGCAACUAAUAUCUGUAAGUAUUAAUCCAAAAGCCGUAUUGUGACGCUAUAGAAUCCUAGACGAAGACAUUCGUGUUGAAUCUAUAGAGAUAAAGAUAUUUAAGGGCUAACUUUUGUAACAUUUUCGUAAUUGCUUAAAACUGUAAAGUGUAUGUAAGACGUAAAUGUAUCUCACUAGCAUAACUUUUAUAUGAGAAAUUAUAUUGUUCCUGUAAGGCUAUGCCAUAACAUAAGAACAUGAAAUAAAAUACGUUUUUUGAAA